AUGAGGCCCAUGCUGGGAGUGUCAGUGGUCGACGGCAAAGUCGUCUUCGACGGCCUGGCCUGGUACAUCAUCCAAUGUCUGCAGCAGUCCCUCCGAUUCAAGACGCAGCUGCAAACAACGGACGAACAGAUCUGGUCCAGCCGACGUUCCACCGGCGAGUGGGGAGGUCCACUGGGAAUGCUGGAGCGAAAUGAGUCUGACAUCACAGCGCACCCAGUGAUACCGACGGCUGACCGUCUGACAGUCGGCACACCGCUACCAGCCUAUGUGUAUUCGAACCCGCGAUACUACGCCGGCACGCCCAACGCCUACAUGACCAGCGUGUUUGGAUACCUGAUGAGCUUCGACCUGGAGGUAUGGUUGGGAUUGCUGCUCUGCUGGCCUCUGGUGAGCGCCUUCAUAUCCUUAAUCGAAGCGGCGCGGUCUCCACUGAGCUUCAGGGACACCAUCACUGACAACCUCUUUGACAUCCUCGGGAUCAUGAUGUUUGAAGGCACUGUUCGACCCGUGCGUGACGCGGUUGGCCGCGUAAUGUUCGCGGUCUGGUGGCUGGCCGUUCUGGUGCUGAUGAACUCGUUCCAGGGCACAAUGAAGGCCAGCAUGAGCGUCAAGACGCCAACCGAACGCCUGGAGACAUUCCAUGAUGUUGCCGAGAGGCCGCACCUCAAACCGAUCAUCGUACGAGGAACUACAUUCGAGCACCAGUUCAAGGUCAGGAAGAAGAAAGCUACAUUCCCUAGUCAAGGAUACACCCCCGCGUUAAAGAGACAGUAA